UCGCCACAACAACAUGGCAUCGGCGGACAUGCAGGAGCCCCCGUGGUGUUUGCCUCCAAGGGAAUUAGAGUCGUGGUACCAAGAAAAUAUCCAAAAGGGUACAACGUUAUUCGACGAUACCUGCAGUAAAGCUGUGAAUGAAGUCGUCAAAACUAUCCAGAAAAUUUGCUCCACGGAUAAGGUCGUGUUCGAUGUCAGCAAAAUUGUUAAGGGUGGGUCGCUUGGAAAGGGAACCAUGGUUAAAGAUUUCUCGGACAUCGAUUUAGUCGCCUUCAUCUGCCCACCCCAACUGAAACCUGUCAAGGAGGUGGGCCUGCACAAUUACCAACAGCAGUUAAAAACGAUUCUUACGGAUUUGAAGAGAGAGCUGGAGAUCGAAAUCGGGGAACGCAGCAGGAGUUUCAGGACAACCAAUUUCUCCGUGCAGUUUUCGAUCAGAGUGGAUCGCGAAUGGCUUGAUGUCGACCUCCUUCCAACGGCCAAAAACGUUCCUGACGAUAAAAAAGGCAAAUUGGACCUUUUUCAGACUAUGCUGGCUGAAAGCUGGUGGGACAGAAAAUUUUAUUCAGUCUCAUUCGUAAAGAGUCAGUUAGAGUUCAUCCAGGACCAAGAUGGAUGUGUGAAGGAGCUCAUACGUUUGGUGAAGUACUGGGCGCACAAGAAACUUCCUGGGAAUCUCCACCACUCCUACCCGCUAGAGUUGAUCACAAUCUUCCGAUGGCAACGGGGCGGGAAACAGAAGAGAUUCAGUUUGGCCCUGGGGCUUAAAAGUGUUCUCCUCAUGCUGACAUCACUACGAGGGAUACGGACCUACUGGAAGGGACGUUACAGCAAGGCAUUUGCUAACCAGGUGAUUGAUAAACUGUACACCACUCGUCCCGUCAUGCUAGACCCCAUUAAUCCUACGAGCAACGUCUUCGAGAUUUACCACGACGAUGACAACCUGGAAGUCAUUAACGUUGAGGCUUGGAAGACACUCCGGUCAGAUCUCCUAAAGGGUGUGGUCCUUCGUCGUCGGCAAAGAUGGUGCCGCUAGAAAAACGGAAUCGGACUUCAUUAAAGGGAAUAUACAUUUGCUUUAGUGCUGUAAUUUUCAAAAA